ACCAUUGCCCCAGCUGCUCUCUUCCUGGCUGCCAAGGUUGAGGAGCAGCCACGGAAGCUGGAGCACGUGAUCAAAGUGGCGCACGCCUGCCUCAACCCACAGGAACCCCCUCCCGACGUCAAGAGUGAGCUCUACCUGCAGGAGGCCCAGGACCUGGUCAUUCUGGAGAGCGUCAUUCUACAGACCCUCGGGUUCGAGAUCACCAUCGAUCACCCUCACACGCACGUUGUAAAGUGUACCCAGCUAGUGAGAGCAAGUAAGGAUCUCGCGCAAAACAUUUACUUCAUGGCCACGAAUAGUCUACACCUCACCACGUUCUGCCUGCAGUAUCGCCCCCCGGUGGUGGCGUGCGUCUGCAUCCACCUGGCGUGUAAAUGGUCCAACUGGGAGAUCCCUGUGUCCAACGACGGCAAGAACUGGUGGGAGUACGUGGAUCCCAGCGUCACCCGGCAACUGCUGGACGAACUGACCCACGAGUUCCUGCAGAUCCUGGAGAAGACCCCGAACCGGUUAAAGCGCAUCAAGAAUUGGAGGGCAUGCCAAGCCUCUAAGAAGCCACGCUUGGAUGGCGUCGAGUUGGAGGAGGGUCCCGGCCUGGGCUCGGGGGGGCUGCCCCCCCAACCUUGCUCUCGACAGCCCCCCACCCUCGGGGGGACGGUCUCGUGGAGGAGGGGGAGGGAGAAGGGAUUCUGCUCGAGCUUCGGCUCGGCUUCUAGAACAUGGCGGUCAAAGGCGGCCGUUAUCGACGGGGCUCUGGAUUGA